UUUGUUUACUGGAUGAAAAUGCAACAUAAAGUGCUGAGAUAACAUAUCUUAGAAUAGCUCAUUUCCUGUUUGCAUAUCAUUAUUCAUCAUUCCAGUAUAGCAGUUUAUAGCGUGACAACACGGCGCGUAGAAAAUUAAGUUUGGAACUAUUGGAAAUUAAUUAUCCAUUAAUUGGAAACAUGAAAAAUAUGACUGAACUGACAAAAUGUUUUUUCGUAUUUUUUUGUUUGUUAAAAUGUGCUUAUACGCUGUCUAUUAUCCAGGAACAAGGGAUAUACUAUUUGAAUGUAAGUGACAGCAUAGAGAAUAAGUAUGGAUUAAAAAUAUAUUGCCAUACAGCAGAAUCAAAACACCUCAGAGAUAUCUGGAAAAUCAUGACUAUGCAUCUAAAUAUCAGUAAUUCAGAACAAUAUACUUUGUAUCGUGGCAAAACACCUGAUGAAAUUGAUCAAAAACAUGAAAAAAAAUCAUUUGAUAUUCUUAAUAAUAUGUUAUUCUUGAGCAUUCAGAUCAAUCCUUUUGAAGAUACAUGUAUAGGUGUUUAUAUACAUUCUUCUAAUGAAUCUAGGUAUAUAAUGAGUAUGACAGAAACAAAUAUUAAUAGCUGUUCAUUCACCAUGAUGGUAACAGGUAUACUGAUUUUUUGGUUUGCAAAAAUAUUAAGUCAGGAGCCAAACUUUUAUUAUGCUUGCUGUACUCUGUUUGGAAUCAUUAAAUUGAUCUUAAUUUCCAUAUAUAAAGUACGGAAAUGGGUGCAAAAGGUCAGUUUUGAAUAUUUCAUUACUCGGGCUGUAUUGAGUUUUCUUCUUGCUCUUUUCGUGUUCGAGGAUUUGAUCGCACAUUUGAUCUCAGAGCCAUAUGUACAAUACAUCAUUUUAUACAUCAUUAUUUCAUCAUCAAUCAGUUUUAUGAUUUGCUAUGGUUUUGAUCCUGUUAUCAAUACAAGAACUAAACAAAUAAUACAAUGGUUUUUGCAAACUACAGGAUUAGUGUUAGUAUAUUAUAGCAGUUAUUUACGCGAAGCAUCUCUUUUAUGCUUCAUUGUACUUGUACUUGUACAAUUUGUACGUUGUACAAUUUUCUAAAAGUAGUGCUGGAGCGAGGAAAAAGAUAUUGAUUAAUUAUUUGAAUAAAGCACGCAUCCAUAUUAUCCAUACAUUUGUAAUAAUUUGAUAGAUAAAUAUUGCUUGAGAAUAUAUUACAGCAAGUUGUGUGUUAUAUUAAAUUGUAUUUAGGAAUAUUAUUUAAGCACUAUAUAAUCAUGUGGUUUUAAUUAUUUUGAGUAUUAAUUUCUAACAUAAUGUUAUGUUAUGUUAUGUAUCUCUGGUCUAAUAAAUUUUGUUCUGUAAAAAAUGUUUUAGUGCUUGUAGUUAAUAAUAGUGCAAAAUUUACUUUCUUGUUUGAGCAAUUUUUGGAUGCUUUUAUAAUGUAUAUUGUUGCACGAUUGUAUCUUUAAUUGACAAUAAAAAAAUUAGUAUUAUUUU